GAAUCCCCAACCCGAAAGCAUUAAUAGUGGGCAAAGAAACACCAAAAAAUCCAAAGUCUUAGUUUUUUUGGGUUUGAACAUUAUUUAUAUAAUGUUACUUCUUUGACACUUGUACGGUGUGUACAUCUCGUUUAUGGUAUUUAGGAAGCACCCAAGUGAGAGAUUCUAAUUAACAAAUAACCACCACCCGCAAAAAACUUCAGUUUUUCGGUUUACUUUGGUGCAAAAAAAGUUGAGAUUUUUCGUAGCUUGAGCUCAUCGUAAUCAAUGGAGGUCAACACUCAAACAAUGCAAAAGUCAAAGUUUGGAAGAAUCUGUGUGUUCUGUGGAAGCAGUCAAGGCAAGAAGAGUAGUUACCAAGAUGCUGCUGUGGAUCUAGGCAACGAACUGGUUUCAAGGAACAUUGAUCUAGUCUAUGGAGGUGGCAGUAUAGGUUUGAUGGGUUUGAUUUCACAAGCUGUUCAUGAUGGUGGUCGUCAUGUUAUUGGAGUUAUUCCCAAGACACUCAUGCCUAGAGAGUUGACCGGUGAAACAGUAGGAGAAGUAAGAGCAGUUGCAGAUAUGCAUCAAAGAAAAGCAGAGAUGGCUAGACACUCUGAUGCUUUUAUUGCCUUACCAGGUGGAUAUGGAACGCUUGAAGAACUGUUGGAGGUCAUAACAUGGGCUCAACUUGGUAUUCAUGACAAACCGGAAUAUUCGCCUUGCCAUGAAAGUGUUGCGUCUAAGCUUUGCUGGGAGAUCGAGCGGAUUGGCUACUCUUCUGAAGACUGAUACUAAACAAGAUCUAUUUAAACAUAUAACUAUUGAAUGUCAGGAGAUUUCAAGAUUAGAUCUUACUUAAGGAAGGAAACAGAUUCUUAAGAUCUUAACUUUUGAUUAGGAGAGUAAACUAUAAAUUUCCACUGAGGGAGGAAAUUAUUUUGUGUAAAUUACUACUUUUCUUUAGCUCUGAAAUGUUUAUGUUUCUAAGAAUCACUUUCCUCUGUAACUUAACCAAGGAAGUUAAAUGCGUUUGUCUUUUUUAUCUCUUAGUAUCAUUUAUGUAUAUGCAAAAAUGAAAAGAGCCAAACUUUGAUCUUCAUAUUAUUAAAAUUGAAACAAUUUUCGUUGUCUAUACAACAUCUGACUAAACUUGAAACUAAACUCACAAGUACAAUUUCAUUCUCAUGGUUAAAAAAACUAAGACUCACAGUAAUGACUUACGCUAAUCUCUAUGCUCUGUUAACAAAACCAAAUCUAUCUGCCUAGAGAUUAGAUUGAUUCAUCUUCUUCGUCAGUUUCACCACGAUCAUAGCAGAACUCUGAAGAACCGGAUGAGUUCUCAGUCUCCAAACUCUUAAGCUUUUGGAUUGCAUCUUGUACAUCAAAGAACAGAGAAUCUUUAGCUGCUCUCAUCGCAUCUUUCUUCUGAUUAGCAAUAGGUCUUAGGUUCUCUUUCCCCAGUCGAGUAGACUCUGCUUUUCUUUUAGCUUCCCUAAUAUGCAGAUGAUCAAUGUACUUCUCAUGCAACGCCUUGUUUUUCACCUGUUUCAGCACUGGAGGGCUAACUAGCAUUCUUUGAUCUUUAUUUGAACCAGGCAUUGGACUUUCAAGGAUUCUCGGAAGACUUUGCCCUUUCUCCGUUGGAGUUGAGAGACAGUUGCUUGUGGCGCCAGGCUCAAGAACCGAGAAGAGAUCAAAUCCAAGACCUUGAUCCAUAUGGUUCUGCUUCUCCAGCAAAUGCCUGAUGGCUUUCUUUGAGAGAUUGCCUCUGCGAUGUCGUAUCUUAGUCUUUGGUGAAUUGGGUUUCAGUAGUUUGCUUGCAGAGAGCGAAAACUGCGGGAUUGUUGAUAAGUUCGUCUUCCUGGCUCUUGAACGAGGCUGAGCUUGACGAGGAGUGAUAAGAUCUGAGUUCACUCUAUCAAAACAUUCUUGCGCAGAUUUUCCAGGUACCAUCUUAGAAACCUUUUUCCAGAAAUUAGGACUCGGCUUCACUGUCAAAUAAGCUCCCUGCAGAGCUAACUCCAGCUCCUCUGUCCAUCCUUUCUCGAGCUUGUUCUUUGUCUUCAAUCCUUCUUCUUCUUCUUCUUUUUCUUCUUCCUUUUCUUUUCUCUUCUCUUCAUCAGCUUUCAGCACAUCGUUUUCUUCCUCGUUAUCCUUUGCAAUUCUCAUCUUUUUCCCCUCACUAAGGCAGACACUAACUUCUUCUUCUUUUUCUUCAUCAUCGUCACUACCUCUAAACAUCGGCUUAAUCUUUGGACGAGUACGAGUUCUACUUCUGUCCCUAGCUUUGACACUAUCUCUACCAUUUUCUCUCUCAGAUGAAGCUGAUUUCGUGCUACAUCUACUCAAAACGCUGUUACCUGAUUUUCUCCCACUGGAGGAAGAUUGAAGAUCCACAGAAGCUCCUCCACUCGAAAAUCUUGGAGAUCGUCUGAGAGUAAAAGGCGGCGAAACAUUGGUCGAAUUCAAGCGAGACGAUGGGGUAGCUGCAGGCUUCGUAGAACUAGAUCGUGGAGACUUGUCUUUGCUGCCAUUGAAAAGUCCUCUGUUUAAAACCCUAAGAGACCGCCUCAGCGAAGGAAACCCAUCGAUCGAAUUGUUCGAUCCUGACCCACCAGAUGAGAAUACCAAUCUCUUUGAUGGUACUUGUCCUCCGAGUUCCCGACGGAUUUUCCUCGGUGGUUCCGAGCCAAAGACCAGAUCUUUCCUUUGCCCAUCUCGAUUUUGAAGAGAGACAAGCCUCGCCGAUCGACGGAGAACAGAUGUUGCGGGUUGCGGCGACACGACGGGAGAUAUCUUCGCCGGCAUUUCAACGGAAACUGGAAAAAAAGGGUAAUCGCAGACCCGUAAAACCCUAGAAAGCCUGGGCUCCGUCGUCGAGAUUCAGGGAUGAAACAAACCUUGGGGAACAAAAACUAAAGCUUGCUUACUUCUUCAACUCCUCCUUCUCGCUAUGAUGCCUCCGAAAAUGCAGAGAUUCAUCUGUCCAUGAGUUUUCAAUUUCAGUAGCGACUUCAAAUUACCUUUAAGUCAAAACUCACGGGAAACAAAGAAUGGUAUUGGCAUCAGUGACAUAUAAAAGUAUUGGUAUCAGUGCCACUGCCUAAUUUCUUCCAAAUAACGAUUUGAACCACAAGAGUGACCAAAAAGAUUUCACAAGUUAUAAAAAUUUCGUCAUUUAAAAUGCUCAUAGUGAAAUUCAAGGGACACAAAGAAUGAUAUCAUCAUCAUUGCCACAGCCUAAUUUCUUCGAAAUAACCAUUUGAACAAA